GAUCUCCUUGCCUGCCACGUCGGGUGAAUCGUGAGAGUAAGUGAGCGAGACAGAGAGCGAGCGAGCGAAGGCGAGCAGGCGUACGCUACGAGGGCAGCGUCGUCCGGCGCGGGUGACCUUCUUGGAAGACGUGGUGAGGUCGAUCGAGCCAGAGGGUGAGAGGAGGCGACGAGACAAGAGGCGAUGGCGCCCCGCGGUGGCGCGACCGUUGCCUGGCUGGUGCUGGAGCUGCUCGUGCUGAGAGCUUCGGGCAGCAUUCCAUUUUCUUCAAGCACUGGAUCCAUCACAACGAUAACCACAACAACCCUACAGAGUGCCGACGUAUCAUGUCCCAACCUGGCUCCUCCCUCCAACGGCAGCGUCCAGUGUCGCAUCACUGUCGAUGAGAAAGUGUGCUCCCCGGCAUGCCGGACCGGCUUCGUGCUGGACCCCAACGCGGCCGCCACGCGCUACACGUGCCGCACCGCGGAGGGCGUCUGGUACCCAUCCGACACCUUCCCGUCGUGCCUGCCGUUGUGCUUCGGCUCGUUGGACGGCUGCCAGAAUGGGGGCACGUGCGUGUGGCCCGACACGUGUCGGUGCGCCCGUGGCUUCGAGGGGUCGCAGUGCGAGAAAGCCGCGCUCUGCCAGGCGCCGUCCUCGCCCCUGGGCGGGCGCAGCAGCUGCCUGGACGACGGCGGCGACUUCCUGAUCUGCACGCUGGCGUGCGACGGCGGCACCCGCCUGGCGUCUUCGCGCGUCUACGUGUGCGACCACGCCACGGGCGCGUGGACCCCCCAGCUGCCCGGCGACGCCUCCGCGUUCCCCGACUGCCUCAACACGACCGACUCGUGCGAGCAACCGCUGGCGCCGCUCAACGGCCAGAUGGCGUGCAACGUGUCGGCCGACGGGCUCCAGCAGUGCUUCCCGACCUGUGACGCCAGCUACAGCUUCGCCGAGGGUUACUACGUGGCUCCCGUCUACAGCUGCGUCAGCGGGCAGUGGUACCCACCCGGCGGCAUCCCUGACUGCGUCCUGUCGGCGAGCGCCAUCGUCCCAUCGGGCACCGGCUUCUGGUCGGGCGUGUUCGAGAGCGCCUCGGUGCCACCCUACAUGACGGGCUACUGCACCAGCUGGGGCCAGCACCACUACCGCACGUUCGACGGUCGCAUCUUCCGCUUCGACGGGCGCUGCUCGUUCCUGCUGGCGGGCGACUGCACCGACAACACCUUCCAGAUCGUCGUCCACAACGAUCGCGACUGCCCGGCCGGCGGGGCGCCGUGCGACCGCGCCCUCUCCAUCCACGUGGGGCUGCUGAGCUUCGAGCUCCGGCGCCAGCCCAACGGCGUCCCCUCGGUGAUGUCCAACGGCGAGGUGGUGGCGCUGCCCUCCACCAUCUACGGGUUCGUGUUCCAGCAGUCCAGCAGCUACAUCAUGGUGCGCUCCUCCCUGGGCUUCGACCUCAAGUGGGACGGCUCGGAGGCGAUCUACCUCAAGGUCGGCGAGGAAAUGUACGGCAAGACGUGCGGCCUCUGCGGCAAGUUCGACCGCGACCAGGCCGACGACUUCUCGACGCGCCAUGGCCUCACGCUGCAAUCCGUCAUCACCUUCGCCAACGCGUGGAUCGAGCCCUUCGUGGGCGAGGUGUGCAUGGCCGGGCGUGAGACCAACUACUGCGGCUUCAGCUCCUGCAACGCGGGACUGAGCGUCCAAUCGGCCGAGUUGGCGAGGAGCGCUGUCAAUCACUGCCUCUACCUACUCAACACGCCCUGCCAGGAGGUGGUGGACUCGAUCCCGUACUACGACGCGUGUCUGGACGACGUGUGCGCGUGCUCCGGCAACCAGCCGUGCGCCUGCGCCUCCAUGGCCGCCUACUUCCAGGAGUGCACGCGCUUCGGCGUCUACAUCGACUGGAGGGCGACCGAUCGAUGCCCCAUGGUGUGCCCGGCCGACAUGGUGUACGACAUGUGCGGCUCGGCGUGCCCGCGGACCUGCUUCGACACGGUGUACGACUGCGAGGACGACCACUGCGUGGACGGCUGCCACUGCCCCAACGGCACCUUCCUGUACGACGGCGCCUGCGUGGUGCGCGAGUCCUGCCCCUGCCUGCUCAUGCGCACCGAGUACCAGCCCGGCUCACGGGUCACACAGGACUGCAACGAGUGCGUGUGCAUGUACGGAAUUUGGCACUGCACCCAAAACAUCUGCGACGCUGUCUGCUCGGUGACCGGCGGAGGCCACUACCUGACGUUCGACGGGCGCACGUACGACUUCUUUGGCGACUGCACGUACACGGCCGUGAGGAACCUGGCGCCCGACGACCUGGCCUUCAACAUCGACGUGGAGUACUACCAGUGCAGCUCGGGAGCCAAGCGGCUGAAUGCGGUGCACGUGACGGCGGGAGACAAGACGGUGACGCUCGCUCAGGACCUCAUCAUCACGGCCACCGACUACCCCAACUAUCUGCCCUUCCGCAGCGGCUCCAUCUACGUGGAGUCGGUCACGCAACAGUUCCAGAAGGUGACCCUCGACAACGGCGUGUUCGUGCUGUGGGACGGCCGCUCCACCCUCUACAUCACCGCGCCCAGCGUCAUGAUGGGACGCGUCCUCGGCCUGUGCGGAACGUUCAACCGCGUGCAGAUGGACGACUUCCUCACCCCCGAAGGCGACAUCGAGAGCAACUCGGUGAACUUCGGCAACCGCUGGAAGGCGCUGGCGUCGUGCGCCAACGUCGGCAUCGAGCCGUACAGCCACCCGUGCGACCUCAACUCCCAGAGCCGCGCCUACGCGCACUCCCAGUGCGGCAAGAUUCUGCUGGCGCCGUUCACUAAGUGUCACGAAGCGGUGAGCUACGCGGCGCACUACGAGUCGUGCCUCGUCGAAGUCUGCUCCGACCUCAUGAAGCCCGUCCAGCGGAUGUGCGACGCCUUCUCCACCUACUCCUUCCUCUGCGCCAAGGCCGGCGUCCUGCUCGACAGCUGGAGGAGCUCCAUCCCUGAGUGCGCGGUGACGUGCCCGGCGGACAAGGUGUUCUCGGAGUGCGCGCCGGCGUGCCAGGCGUCAUGUGGCUCGCUGGCCGACCCGUCGCUCGCGAACUGCACGGAGCAGUGCGUGGAGGGCUGCACCUGCCCCGCGGGGCUCGUGCAGGACUACAGCGGCUUCUGCGUGCCACCCGAGGAGUGCCCGUGCGUGUGGCGCGGAGAGGUCUUCCCCGCCGGAGACGCGCGCUUCCAGGACUGCAACGUUUGCGAGUGCCACCUGGGCCAAUGGGUGUGCACGGAGAACGACUGCAGCGCCAACAUGACGUGCGGCCCCAACCAGGAGUUCGUGUCCUGCCUGGACCCCAACGUGGUGACGUGCGACAACAUGCACCUGCCACGCAAAGUCUACCCCGUCGAGCGAUGCUACUCUGGCUGCCAGUGUGCGAACGGCACGGUGUGGGACACCUACAACCGGCUGUGCGUCCUCCCGGAGCACUGCCCCUGCUACCACGGCGGGAAGAGCUACAAUGAGGGCGAGACCAUGUCCAUCGACUGCAACACCUGCAUGUGCCUCUCCCAGCAGUGGCAGUGCGAGUCGAAGGAGUGCGCGGCGGUGUGCAGCGCGUACGGCGCCUCGCACGUCACCACCUUCGACUGGGCGCCUCUACCGCUUCCAGGGCUCGUGCGAGUACGUGCUGGCGCGCGGCGUCGGCGCCGCGGCCACCGGCGCCGCGCCCGCGUGGAGCGUCACCAUCGAGAACGUGCCCUGCGGCUCGAUGGGAACCACCUGCACCAAGGCCAUCACCUUCCGUGCCACCGACUCGCGCGGCAAGGACUGGUCCCUGCGCAUGGUGCGCGGGCAACCAAUCAUGAUGGAGCGCGGCUCCCCCUUUGGCGUCCGCUACGCGGGACUCUGGGUGUUCGUGGACACGCCACUGGGCGUCGUGCUGUCGUGGGACAAGGGCACCAGCCUGAGGCUGCGCGUGGAGCCCCAGUGGAGGGGCAUGGCUGAAGGUCUGUGCGGAAACUUUGAUGGCGACCAGAUAAACGACUUCCGCACGCCACAGGGAUUCGUCGUGCAGGGAGAAUCCACGUUCGGGAACAGCUGGAAGGUACGCGACUACUGCGCGGACUCG